UCGUCUCUCGAGCCAAGAUCGAGAUCGUUUAAAUCUUAAGGGAGAAGUUUAUAAAAAAAAAAAAAAAAAAAAAAAAAAAAAAAGGGGGACCAAUUUUUCACGCCCAUUCUCCGGGUCUGGUUUCUACUUCUCGCCCUCCUCCGCAUCGCCGACCUCUUUUCCUCCACUGUACGUCCACACCUGACUAAACACCCGUCUCGUCCACGCCUUUAUCCCUUUAUUCCGGACUCCUAUCCGCGAACCUCUCUGUAUUUCUCCGCAUUAAUUCCGUCAUCGUCGAGAGUCCGCGACUCACGCAAGCAAUAAAUCAAGGGCCAAACCUCUCUAACGACAGUACCACAGUAGAGGGUGAACAGGUGUGUAGGUGUUAUGUAGCGAUCGCCUAUAAGAAGAGAAGAAAAUAUAGAAAAAGAGACAUUCGUGCGUCGAUCGAGGAGCAUAUAAUAGCAUAAAAAAAUCGAAUAAAGAAAAGCUGGAAUAAUUGCGAUCGAAUGAAUUAAAAAUUUAAGGAAGAAGAGUGUACCAAGAGCGUACGCGUGGAGCGUACUUUCAUCUCCGCCUCUCUUCUCUCUCUUUCUUUCUCUCUCUCUCUUUUCCCCACUCUCCGACUCGAAGAGAAGAACUCGAGAGGGAGAGAGAGAGAGGAAAGGAAGGAAAGGAUCGAAGCGGAGCCGGGGAAUCUCCGGUCGAGAGAGAGAGAGAGAGAGGGUAACUCGAAGGCGAAGAGGGAAAAGAAGAGCUCGGCAUUGUACCGUUUUCUUAACGACGAUGACAUUAUCCUGAAACGGGCAUGACGCCCCUGGCCUCGAGAUGCGACGAGACCACCACCAUCCUGCUGCUCCUCCUACUCGAGCUUGCACCAGGUGCACGCUGCUACUCGCGCGCGGCCACCACGCCCGCCUCGACUUUGUCGAGAUAGCAUCUACAGUCGACGGCGAGGGUGCGAGUGAUGCCGCUCCUCGGCACCAUUAUGACCAUCGACGCCGCCGGUAGUCCGACUACGGCGUCCAACAGCGUCCUCGACGAGAACAUGACGUGGCCUCGACCAACCGGUGGCUAUACGUCUUCCGCUAACGAGGCACACGCGAUCGACACCGUGACCAUCCUCACCGACGACCGCCACCGACUUUCCACGACCGACUCACCCGACCACGUGGCCGCGACGACACUCGUCGAUCGCCGAACACCCAGCGUCCCGGCCGAUCGACGACCACCGGGGACCACCGAGGAGGAACAGCAACCAACAACCUCGACCACCACCGACCACCACCUCCUUCCCACCGAGCAGAUCGAGAUCGAGAUCGAGAUCGAGAGGGGGACGACGAUCGGAUCGGGAGGACGACAACCGGCGGAGGAGGAAGAGGAGGAGGAGGAUUGUGGCUGCGGCGGAUACGAGGACACGAGCGAACUGCCGUUCCUCGUGGCCGGCGAGGACCUCGAGCCGGCCAGCAACGGGAGCGUGGACGGUAGUAGCCCGGCAUCGAGAGGUAUCGAGGAAACGACGAGCACGGGGGUCGGUGGCACGAGCACGAGCACGAGCACGAGCACGGAAGACGCGGAAGGAUUAAGGGAGUUGGAAGUGCUGUUCGGGUUGAACGGCAUAAUGGAGGACCUGGAUGGAUCGUUCAACGACUCUUUCAACGAGAGUCUAUUGUUCCCGUGCAACGGUAGCCUGUGCAACGAGACGUACGUGGUGCUCGGGGAGAGCCUGUACCCGUCCGGGUACACGAUCCUUCAAAUAGUUCUGGCGUCCGUCCUUGUCACGCUGUUGAUGAUCGUGAUCGUGGUCGGAAAUAUGCUUGUGAUAAUCGCGAUCGCGACCGAGAAGGCGCUCAAGAACAUACAGAAUUGGUUCAUAGCUAGUCUGGCGGUGGCCGAUUUCUUCCUAGGCCUGGUGAUCAUGCCUUUCUCGUUGGCAAACGAGAUCAUGGGAUAUUGGAUCUUCGGCUACUGGUGGUGCGACAUUUACUCGGCCAUGGACGUGUUGCUGUGCACGGCGAGCAUCAUGAACUUGUGUCUGAUAAGCUUGGACAGGUACUGGAGCAUCACGCAGGCGGUGGAUUAUCUGAAGAAGAGAACUCCCGCAAGAGCGGCACUCAUGAUCGCGCUUGUGUGGCUCCUGUCCGCCCUCGUUUGCAUCCCUCCCCUCCUCGGGUGGAAGAGACCCACGCCGGCUGAAGAGUAUCCCAAGUGUAAGCUUUCAGAGGACAUAGGCUACGUACUUUACUCGGCGCUCGGCAGCUUCUACAUCCCGUCGUGCAUCAUGGUGUUCGUGUACAUACGCAUUUACUUCGCAGCGAAGGCGCGGGCGCGCCGCGGGAUCCGGAAGCCGCGUCCACGCGCGGUCGUUCCGCCCGAGUCGCCGGACGUCAGGCAGACGAGCUUCACGCAGAGCACGCCCGCCACCGAGGGGAAGAAACCGCCUCCUGGCUCCGCCAUGGAGAACGUCGCCACUAUCGAGAACCAGCCCGUUCAAAUACCCAUCGUCACGUGCGACUUUGCCAGCGACGUCAGCACCUCCGAGGCGGAUCCCGGAGGGGGGAGCAGUAUCCCCAUGGAGGAGAAGGACACGCUCAAGGUGACGAUGCCGGUUCCGGUGCAAAAGAGCAGCCUGAAGGCGACGCUGUCCGUGAACGGUGACGGGCAGUCGAGCGUCCCGUCCCGAUGCAGGGCGCCCAGCGUCGGUAUCGACGUCGACAUGGUGUCCGAGUUCGAUCCGUCGUCGUCGGACAGCGGCGUCGUUUCGAGAUGCGCGGUCGUGAAGCCGCUCAAGCUUCGCCUCUGCCAGCCCAUUUUCGGGCGCAGGAACAUCGGCAAGCUGAGGAGGGAGCACGGGGGGGACGGGGGGCGGGCGUCCGGCAAGGACGACACGGGAGGCGAGGCGAAGUCGUCCAAGCCGCGGGACCCGGAGAGAGAGAAGAGGAGACUGGCGAGAAAGAAGGAGAAACGAGCCACGCUGAUACUUGGCUUCAUAAUGGGCAGCUUCAUCGCUUGCUGGCUGCCAUUCUUCGUCCUCUACAUCGCGAAACCUCUUUUCCCAAACGUCAAGAUACCGAUCCAGGCGUUCGUGAUCGCGUUCUGGCUAGGUUACAUGAAUUCUGCCCUAAACCCCUUCAUUUACACCGUCUUCAACAAGGACUUCCGCCGAGCGUUCCGCAGGAUACUCUUCAAAUAAUCCCGUCGUCCCUGGACGAACGUUCGCGAGCCAGUUCUUCCAGGUAAAAGAAACGAGAAUCGUGGGGCGUGCGGAUCGCUCUCGCGAUUGGACCGGGGUGGAACGUCGAUCGUAGGAUCAAGCAAGAGCAUUUGAGAAGGAGACGCGUUAUUUCUCUUUCUCUUACGUAUACAAAGUGCGCGUCAAUUGUCGAUACGAUGGAUUGGACGAUUCGUUCGAGACGAGAGAAACGUUUCUCGAGAAGGUUUCUUCUUGAACGAGCGCGAGCGCGUCUUUCCAGGAGUUAAAAAGCUCGGCUGAAAAUUCGACGGCUACGUCGAACGACGAUGAAUCUCUCGAAUCUCGAGAAUGUAAUCGGGCCGCGAACGGUGUUUCGCCAACAGCUGCCUCCGCAGCUCGGAUACGCAACCUCCGACUGGUCGUCGAUUCGACGCGACACCAUCGAGGACGGAUGGAAUUCGAAUUAAUCCAUCGAGAGAGCGAAAAGACGUCAAAGAUCCGUUCCUCGAUUUACGAAGAUCGCGAGAUCGAGCCUUCUCCAUCCUCGCCCACCUCGCCAUCCAUCUUCCCUCCCGAGGAGGAAGAGAAGAAGAGAGACAGGAAACGCACACCUCUUUCUCCGAUAUUCCGUAUGUGGCAACGUUCCUUGCACGGUCCGAUUGUAAAAUUAAAAUUUCGU